AAAGUAAUGUAUCAACUGCCUGCCAACUUACUAAUAGUGAUUGUAAUCUUCUCAAAAAGUUUCAUGAUGUAGUUGCUGAACUCAAACAUAAUUAUUGUCCUAUUUGUAAGAAAUGUUUUUUUUUGAUUACAUUAGAUUAUAAAACUGAGUUUUGUGAAAGAUGUAGUAGAGAUAAAUUAAUGCCAAAAAGAUUUUUACUAGAGAAUAAAGUAUCAUCCAGAUUAUCUCAUCUUAGUCAAGUUGAGAAAAUGUUAAUUUCACAGGAUAUCUUACAAACUCUUCUUAAAAAUAGUUCUGUAUUUGAAAGAUUACAUGCUGUACAUGAAAGUAGUUCAACUAAAUUGAAUGAUAACAAUGAUAUGAAUGAUGUUGUUGAUAUGUCUAAUAAUUAUAUUACAAACACUUUUGUUCCAAAUCCUAUAUCAAGAGAAACUGAAAAGUCUAUUACUUAUAAUAAGAUUAAUAAUUUUAUAAAUAUUAAAGAUCAAGAGAAAGAGGAUAAAUAUGAAAAGGUUGAAGAAGACAAUGCUGAAUUUCAAGAACUAUAG